UGAUUGGACAGCGCGGGCUGAGUGCUCCGCGGCUCCACGUGCGCGGCGGCGCUUCAUUCAGGGUUUGCAGCGUCCGGAGCUCGCCGGACACGAUCCUCCUCCUCCCUCCUCUCCGCGCGGAUCUGCUUCUGUAUCUCCCGCUCAGGAAACUUAGUUAUGUGUGUGUGUGUGUAAGUGUGUGUAUCUCCCCCUCGGGGGCUCGCGCCGCCCCGCCUCCAGCAGUUUGGGAUUUUAAGCGUAUUGUCGGAAGUCCCUCGCAUCCUGUCACAUCCUCUGCGCGCGAGCGUAUGGGAGCGGGUGUGUGCGAGCGAGUAUGUGAGUGUGUGUAUGUAUGUAUGUGUGUGUGCGUGUGUGGGAGUGUUUAAAGGGAGUAUAGUAAUAUUAAGGAGAGCCCUCGCGCCGGUUCUUCUUCCAGCUCCGCGAGCCGCGGGGAACAUGGGCAGCGGGCGGCGCGCGGGGCUCUGCGCUGUGCUGCUGCUGCACGCGCUGGCGUGGCUCGCGCUCGGACUGACAGGAGAUUUAUCAGAAGAGAGGAGAUUAAGGAGUGCCGUUACCAAACUGGAACGUUACCACACUACGGUACCACUGCUGCUGCUGCCGGACGGAAACGAGCCUCAGCCAAUCAGCUGGCUUAAAUCCAGGAGUCCUCCCGCUUCACUGCAGAUAUUGAUAGAGGCAGAAGGUCAGCUGUUGAUCCUGUCUCUGGAGAAGAAUGAGGGUCUCUUCAGCAGCAGUUAUAGUGAAACGCACUACAGAGAGGACGGAGAAGCUGUUACUCACACUCACAACACUAUGACGAACUGCUAUUACCAUGGCAAGGUCCAAGGACACGCCCACUCUGAUGUCAGUCUCAGCACUUGCUCCGGUCUCAGGGGCUUCAUCUUACUUGAAAAUGAGACGUUGAUGGUGGAACCUGCGUUUGAGCCGGAGAACGGUACACAUGUGAUCUACAGAGCAGAGCUUCUGACCCCGCCCUCUGGAACCUGCGGCCACGGACACAACAUCUCCACCUUUAAUCACAGAGGAUCUGCAGGAUUUCUACAGUCCAUCAACAGCAGGUAUAAACGAGACGCCCAGAAGACCACCAAAUACGUGGAGCUGAUUAUCGUGGCGGACAACAGGGAGUUUCAUAAACAGGGUAAAGACGUAGAGAAGGUCAAGCAGAGGCUGGCUGAGAUCGCCAAUUACGUGGAUAAGUUUUACAGGGCGUUGAAUAUCCGUGUAGCUCUGGUGGGUUUGGAGGUUUGGAGUGAUUCUGAUAAAUGUCCCGUGACUCAGGACCCGUUCACCACGCUGCACGAGUUUCUGGACUGGAGGAAACUCAAACUGCUGCCCCAGAGACGCCACGAUAACGCCCAGCUCAUCAGUGGCGUUUAUUUCCAGGGCACCACCAUUGGCAUGGCCCCCAUCAUGAGCAUGUGCACCGUGGAGCAGUCCGGCGGCAUCGUCAUGGAUCACUCGGAUAACCCCCUGGGAGCAGCCGUGACGUUAGCGCAUGAGUUGGGACACAACUUUGGAAUGAACCACGAUACUCCGGAGCGGGGGUGCGGCUGCAGGAUGACAGUAGAUCGGGGGGGCUGCAUCAUGACCCCCUCCACAGGGUACCCGUUCCCCACCGUGUUCAGCACCUGCAGUAAGAAGGAUCUCGCUGCCAGUCUGGAGAAAGGAGUGGGCAUGUGCCUCUAUAACAUGCCUGAGGUGAAAGUUCUGUACGGAGGACAGAAAUGUGGAAACGGCUACGUGGAGGAAGGAGAGGAGUGCGACUGCGGAGAGCUGGAGGAGUGUAUGAACCCCUGCUGUAACGCCACUACCUGCACUCUGAAAGGAGACGCUGUUUGUGCUCACGGACAGUGCUGUGUAGACUGCCAGCUGAAGCUUGCUGGAACACCCUGCAGGGAGUCCAGUAACUCCUGUGACCUGCCGGAGUUCUGCACCGGCUCCAGCCCCCACUGCCCUGCUAACGUCUACCUGCACGACGGCCACGCCUGUCACAACGCAGACGGAUACUGCUAUAACGGCAUCUGCCAGACGCACGAGCAGCAGUGCAUCACCCUGUGGGGACCAGGAGCCAAACCUGCACCCGGGAUCUGCUUUGAGCGGGUGAACUCAGCCGGGGACCCCUAUGGGAACUGUGGAAAGGAUUCCAAAGGCUCUUUCGCCAAAUGUGAACCACGAGACUCCAAGUGUGGUAAAAUCCAGUGCCAGGGGGGAGCCAACAGGCCCGUCAUUGGUACCAAUGCUGUUUCCAUAGAAACCAACAUCCCGCUGCAGGAGGGGGGGCGUAUCCUGUGCAGGGGGACACAUGUGUACCUCGGGGAUGACAUGCCCGACCCGGGACUGGUACUGGCGGGCACCAAAUGCGCCGAGGGCAUGAUGUGUUUGAACAGGCAGUGUCAGAAUGUCAGCGUGUUCGGAGUGCACCAGUGCUCGGGGAAGUGUCACGGCAGAGGGGUGUGUAACAAUAAGAAGAACUGCCACUGUGAAGCUCAUUGGGCGCCCCCGUUCUGCGAGAGGGCGGGGUUUGGGGGCAGUGUGGACAGUGGACCAAUGAGAUUGGCAGAUGUGCGUGUGUGUGUAUUAAUGUGCGUGUUGUCCUAUGUGACGUCAGCUGACAGCCGGGCGGUGGCGGUGGGGCUGGUGGUCAGUGUUCUGGUCCUGCUGGCCGCCGGGCUGGUGGUCUGUCUGAAGAGGAGGACUCUGGUCCAGCUGCUCUUCGCCAACAAGAAGAGCACCAUCCAGAAACUCAGGUCGGUGGGAUGGAGUAGAGCCCCCAGUCCUCCUCAGACUCAGCCAGUAUACAGAGGAUCACCCCUCCACAAAUCACCAUCCAGAGCUGCCAGCUGCAGGUUAGAGAAGCCAUCUCAUCUCAGUGCUGAGCCUCUCCUCCCGCCUCCGAACUUCCACUCCCACAGUUUACGGCGGUUACCCCAGUUCCCCGCCCAGUGUCGGCCCCUCCACAUCAGCCACCCCAUGCCAAUCACGCUGGGUGUGGGCGUGGCAACCGGCCUGCAGGCCCUGCCUCCUGUGCCACCCCACAGGCCUCUGCCCAAUCACACGCAGUCUCCGGUCAAAGCAGCACCUUUCCUCACGCUCCCCCGUCAGCUGCCCUACAGAGUCCAUCAGGAUCCUGAUAAACCCAGUCCUCCCCAGAAGCCGCUGCCAGCAGAUCCUCCGGUUAGAGGAUCCAGACUGGGUCGCAGUACAUCAGCAGUAGGCGUGCACACACAGGGCCCCGGGCCCUUACCUAUACCAAUCCCUACUGUACCACUACCCCCACCUGCUAUACCACAGCCAGCCAGGCCCCCACCACGGCUACCACAGUCUUUAUACGAGCGCUGACAUGAGGUCCCGGCGAGAUGAGGACAAAUUCCACCAGCUUAUGAACACAAUUAUUUGCACUAUGAAACUCUAUUGGACCCACUGGUCACCCCUGCGGAACUCCUCGCAGUGUCUCUGAGUCUCAGAGAGAAGGAAUCUGAGCCUUGGUGCUGUGCCUCAGAAAAGGUGCUCAGAGUCCUCACUCAGGUACUGCAGAACUGUCGAACAUGAAGAAGAGGAAGAAGAGGAAGAUGUGUAUUUAUUGUCCGAAGAACACGAUGCACUGUGGUCACCACUUUUUGUAUGGUAGCAUCAUUGUGAACUUUUUAUUACUCUGUUUGUGCUCUUCUUCUCGUCAGCGUUAGGCACACUCGUCGAUUCCAGAUCACUGGAGUAAAUUAUUUUAUUCGUGCUUUUUUUUUUUUUUACAUUUUCUCUCUAUCUGGGGGGAACAACAUGUGACAUUACUUUGUGAUCAUUUACACUUUAUUGGAACAGAUUAGUGAGCGGGUGCUGUGAAUUAUAGAACUAAUCCUACUUGAAAGCAACCAGAGUGACUUAGAAACUGGAGCUUGAAUAUAAACUGCAUUUAGAACAUUUAAAAAGGUUUUAGAGACAAACGCUAUACUUAUAAUUUCUGUUUACUAUUUUUACACUAUAGUGAGGAACCAUAGAUAAGUCAGAAAUGUUAACUUAGAGCUUAAAGUCCACAAAUUAAAUGCAAACAGAAUGCAAAAUGUUUGGGAAAGUGCACCGCUGUUGCAGAAGGACUACUUUAAACAUAGCUUGAAAAUGCUAAAUUACAUUAAAAAAACAUUGUGCUAGUUUUCUAGAUUAAGAUUAAGUCUAGUCAAGGACUACAGAGAGUUUUAAAUGGGUAUUUACUAUUAUUUGCACAUAAAUUCCUUUAAUUUUCCAAAAAAAAAAAAAAAAAAGAAAAACAA